UAGGUGUCCCUAUGAGCAUUGGGGAUUCCCCAUUACUGAAUGUAAAGGACACAGUAAGAAAGUCGUUAUUAGUUUUAGCGGUCAAACGUCAAGUAUGCGUCAGCGCAUCAAUAUUGAAGGCAAACAUGAAAAGCAAACAAUAACACGCAGGAGUAAUGAAAUAGAUAAAUCGAAAAUUUUUAAGUCUUCACGACUGAAUCCAAAGUUUUAUGCACCACGUUUACUACACGUUCGCGACUAUAGGUUAAAUUUGUCAAUUUUUUCGCCUAACGGCUUAACGUUUUAGCCAUUUGACGGUUAUCAUUCAACUCCACUAACAACAUUGUACUACCUGUGUACUAUUGAAAACUGCGGUCUUUGUUUACAUUAUUGUAAAAUAUUUCACGCGCUCCAAAAUAUUCAAUAAUUUACUUAUUAAUGUGACACGUUCCUUGAAAAUCGUUUGCUUGUCAGCCCUGAAACUGUGGCGCCACAGAAAUAAACAAACACAAGCAGGCAAGCAAACCAACAAACAAACGGAAAGUUAACCAAAUUUGGGAAAGGACUUCAUUGUAGAAUCUUACAUUACCAUAUUUGGUGUGUAAUAAGCGGACGGGUACUACUUCCGGUUCUUACGUCGAAUUACCAAAUAGAAGGCUGUUUGAAACCUUGCUUAAGUGCCAAAAUUGGCAAUUUAUGAAACCACUCAUUGCAUAACCUUCAAAACCAACUAACCUAAAAUUAGUCGAAACUUCGCAGAUAAAAAUAGACACGUCUCAAUCAAAGGGAGGAUCGGUACCUUCACGCCCACUGUUCGCCUUAGAGGUCACGUUGCUAGCGCGUGAUUCCUUUAAUGCAAAGAGUCAUUAUCAAAAUUUAAAUACCUCUCGUUAGCGACGCAGUGAAGAAACAUGGAAGCGUCGUCGACAUCUCAGACGCCAACCACGGCACUGAACUUUGGAGACAUUGGAAAUUCCCUCGUUAACCGAACUUUAGUGACUAUCACGUGCUUUUUAUCGCUUCUAGGAGCCUUGUUAAUCAUCGUAACAUAUAUUUUCUGGAAGGAUAUGAGGUCGUGUUCGAGAAAAAUAUUGGUGUACAUCUCCAUCUCCGACAGUGUUGUAGCUGCAAGUUACAUGUUCGGAGUACUGCUACCAGAAAACGCAAACUCCACCGCCUGUGUCACUCAGAGUUUUCUCUCCACCGCCGCGAAUCUCUGUUCCUUCUUCUGGACUCUCUUCAUGGCCAUAUAUUUGUACGCAGCAGUGGCGAGACAAACUCCUGCAUAUAAUUUUCUUUGGUUUUUCCACGUGAUUGCUUGGGGUGUCCCAUUGUUUAUUGUAGUUCUGGCUUGGGAGAGGGGCGCCCUUGGAAAUGACAGAGAUAUCUACAGCUCUGGUUGGUGUUGGAUCCGAGUACGGGAUCAUGGCAACGAUGAUGUGAUAUGGAUGUUUGUAACAGACAAAUUUUGGGAGAUAUUAGUCUUCGUACUUAUCUUGAUAUUUUAUGGCUUACUGAAGUGUCAUAUCCGCACAGAGGUGAAAAUGACUCAAUGCCGCUCUCUGGAAGAAGCAAGGAAGGCUGAUAAACAACUAACACUUGUUCCCAUAAUUUUUCUAUUUUUGCGAUCCUGGAGUAUGAUUCGUUUCUGUAUUUACCUGGCUUCAUCUGUACACCAAUCCCAAUCAUUACUUGGUGCUCAGGAAAUUUUGAUUUAUUUUCAGGGUGUAUGCAACAGUGCUCAAGGCUUCGUCAACUUUCUCUUUUUCUGGUUAUUUACCAAGAAAUUCCAGAGUAAUUUGCGAAGAGUAGCAUACAAAUACUGCCGAUGUCUGCGGGACAGAUAUGCAUUCAUUCCUGGAGAGUAUUUAAACGCGAAAUACUCAAAUAACAGCCGUUAUUCACAGUAUUCAGACACGGAAGAGACCUCUGCGAUAUUUAAAACAUCAGACUUCUACGGUCCAAAAUAUUCCUAUUACACUGUAAGUUUGUUAACUUCGACUACAUCUAAGUUAACACGUUAGGAACCAAGGAAGGAACGGAAGGUUUGUCUAUUUGACCUCAUACAGUGAUGGCGAGAAAUUUUCAAAGGCAUUCGCAACGCAUUUUGAGGGCUUGCAUCUAACUAAUUUUCUCACGAAAAUUGUUUUGAAUUAGUUCCUAUGAUAUGUAAGCAGGGUUCGACUGAUUACGUUUGGGCCAGAUGAGAUUGAGAUCGUGAUCACAAUUUAUAAUUCCUGACAUGCAGCCUCGUUUCCAAGCUCAGUUGUUUACCUAUUAUGUUUUACGACGAAAAGCGAGAAAUUAGGAGCUCGGUGCUUCUUGGAAUCUAAUCGUGCUCCGUGUAAUGUCAACAGAAUAUGUUUAAAUUGAAUGGUUAUCAGCCGAAACAUUGUCUUCUCGUCGCUAAUUUUUUUUCUAAGAAUGGAACGAGCGUGACUGAAUAGAUUACAACAAUACUCGAUCAGAUUUUGAAUCCAUUUUGUUGCUAUGCGACAAGAUUAAGACGUUAUUUGAUGUAGCUCCCUUGUAUCAGGGGUUUGAAGUGCCAAUGCACAAGGCACAUUUAUGCUAAAUGACAGCAAACUGUAUAUAGAGAAAGAAAUCAAAUAAAGGGAACGCAAAGACGAUCGUUUGUAAUCCACGUUGAUAUCAUCAAUAAAUUCCCCUGGGCUGUUGGA